CUCUAUGGUUCCCCUCGCCGCCCCUCCCGGUCGCCCCGGCAACGCCGGCCGGGCCCAACAUGGCGUCCUCGGUGCGGGCCGGGCCGCGGCUGCGGCGGGCGGCGCGGGACGGAGAGUUGGCGGCGCUGCCCGCGGCGCUGAGGGAUGAGCUGGAGGCGGCGCUGGCGGAGGAAGGAGCGCUGGUGCCGUUCGGGCUGCUGCGGAGGCUGCACGCCGCGCUGAGGGAGGCAGGGUCUCCGCUGCACCUACACGAGCUGCUGGAGGGAUGCGAGAUCCACCUGCCCGAGGUGCCGGUGCCGCCGCGGAACCCCGAGCUGGUGGCACGGCUGGAGCGGAUCAAGGCCAAGCUGGCACACGAGGAGUACCAGCGGAUGACCCGCAACAUCACCGGCCAGGAGAUGAACGGGCCAUUGGCUGAAUUUGGGAGGCAAGUUCGCUCCGUGAAAGCCGUUGUCAUCACCAUCUUCAACUUCAUUGUCACCGUGGUGGCCGCCUUUGCCUGCACCUACCUGGGCAGCCAGUACGUCUUUGCAGAGACAGCUGCACGUGUCCUGUCAGCUGUCAUUGUGGCCUCGGUGGUGGGCCUGGCCGAGCUGUACGUGAUGGUGCGGACCCUCGAAGGGGACCUUGGGAAACUGUGACCAUGGACUGCAGGCUUCAUGCUGGAGGAUUUUGUCCUCUUCAGGAGCUGCUAAUUUGGGACAGAUCUUGUCCUAUCUGUGCCUGUUCCUGCUGCACUCCUCAGGCUCGUCCUUUGCUGCUCGCUCCUGAAAUGAAUCUUGGGUUGGAAAUCCCAGAGCUGCAGAACAGGAGAGGGAAUGGCUGUGGACUCCAACCACCCCAGCAGGGAGAGGGGCAUGAGCUCCUGCCAUCCCUCUUCUAGGAAAUUCCUGUCCUUUUAUUCUGAGAAUAAAUAACACUGUGUGUUCCUGCG